AUGGCUGGUUCUCCUCCUGCUUUACCGGGCUUCGGGAACUCGGGAAAGAGUUUUCUCAUUGACAAUCUACUGCAGACAUCUUCAGCCCAUUCAGAAGGAACAACAGGUGGACACCUGAGACGGGCAGCAUGUGAACAUCCAAGGAGAACCUGGGGCCCUGAGCAUGGAGUCUACCAAAGACAGGCCCAGAGUCCCCAGCAGGUGAAAGACUUAGGUGGACCUCUUCUGCCACACUCAGGUGUACUGAGCAGUGUUUUCCUGCGGAGCCCACAGUAUCUGCUGGCAUGCUGUGGUGGGUCCAGCCCCCCUCCUGUCUUCUCCAAGGGAGCAAAUAUUCGGAUGUGGUCUGCUGAUAUAAGCCCUAAAUCUCGGAGAGGGAUCCUUAGGAGGGCUGUGUUCUCCGAAGAACAACGGAAGGAGCUAGAGAGAACCUUUCGGAGACAGAAGUACAUCAGCAAGACUGACCGCAACAAACUGGCAGCUGAUCUCAGUCUUAAGGAGUCCCAGGUAAAGAUCUGGUUCCAGAACCGACGUAUGAAGUGGAGAAACUGUAAGGAGAAGGAGGUUCAUAAUACUCGUUCCCCAAUGGAUGAGCUCAUGGCCCGAGGUCUCGCUCAGGAAGAGGAAGAACCAUCACAGAAUCACACUGAUUCAAAAACAGAGAGAUCACAGAAGAGUGUCAGGGAUACAUGA